UUGAAAUUCGAUGAAAAAUACACUAUAUGUUUUUCAUUUUUGUUUUGCUGAUUGAUUCGCUUUUGAAAAUCGCUUCCAUCUCUACUCACUAUUCUGUGUUUUCUCUAUCUCGUCGCGGACAUUUUUUUAUCCAAAAAAAUCUAAAUUCAACUCUAAAUUGAUUGAUAAGCUACGCAUUUUUUUACUCGAUUGUGACGUGAAUUGUGUUGUGAUUUUAAUUUUUGGUGUUCUGCACACAUCGACAAAUAGAAAGAAAGAGAGAAAGCGAAAAAAAAUACUCCUGUCGUGUUUGAGAUUACAUUUGCAUUUGACAUUUUUCUUUGUUCUACUGGCUGGUAUUCAUUUUAUUUAGUCCAUAAAAAAAAGAGUCCACAUUAAGUUAAAUGUUGUGGAAUUGUUGAAUUAUUGGAAAAAACUCAAAAAGUGGCGAAAUAAAUCGAUAAAAGAAAUUCAUCAAAUCACAUGAAGAAAUUCAUUUAUUUUCAAAGUGUAAUGCUGCUGCAAAGUGCGUAGUUUGUCAUACAAAGACAGAGACAUAGACACGUCCAAUGCAAAACAUAGAAAAUAUGUGAUCGAAUGUCAACCAAUGAAAAUACAAGUGUUUUAAGGCUUCCAAUAAGAAUAUUGCAUUGAGCACAGAGUGAAUAUUUUGUUUGUCUUUCCAUUUUGGCACAAAAACAUGUGAAUAAAAAAAGACAGAACUAAACCAGAGAAAAAAAAACGAUGGAAAAUUGAGCGAGACAUAAUUGAUGCGCAUAAAAAGUGCAUCGCACAAUGAAUCGAGAAAAGUUCAUUGAACUCUGGUACUAGUCUAGUGUUUGUGUGUAGUGAAUAGAAGGAAAAAAAACGUCAAUUUUUUUUCACAUCCAAAUGGGUAGCUGUAUGAGCAGCGCUAGUCGCAGCAACAGCAAAAUGGAAUUGAGCGACGCUAGUUCGAAUAUAUUUCGGGUAACAAAUAUCGAUGAUAAUGGCGUAUCACUGUGGAAUGGCCAAUUGGGUUUGUCGCGAACGGAAAUCACAUUGUAUCGCAAGAAUUUAGAGCCGACCCGAUGGCCUUUGAAGUGCUUACGACGCUAUGGUUAUGAUACGGAAUUAUUUUCGUUUGAAGUUGGCCGACGAUGUGCGACGGGCGAAGGGAUUUAUGCGUUCAAAUGUCGCCGGGCUGAGACACUCUUUCAAACACUCCAAACUUAUAUUCAAAUGUCAACAACGGUGGGCGAUGAUACAAUGGGCAAUUCAACGAUAUCACGCAACGAUGCAUCGUCGCCAAUGUCAACGCUGAGCAAUCAAAAUUCAACCACAAACAAUAUGGUUGGAUCGUAUAUUUUGCCAAAUUCACGAUCAUCCAAUACGAAUACACUACGAAAUGUGCCAUCCGACGACCAACGUCGCAGCUAUGAUGCAUCGGAUACGAAUUAUUUGGAGCCAAUUUUAGCGACAAAUUUAAAUCGAACCAUGCCACAUUUUCAUACAUUAGCCGAUGGAACAAUUUCCGUUGAACCAUUGUCACCCAGUUCGCCAAGCAGUUUAAACAACAUUCUCGAAGUCACUUCACUAAAUCCAUUGCCAAACACGGGGCUCAACAACAAUGGUGUGAGCAAUUUGUAUUCGGAAUUUGUGUUGCGCGGCAAUAAUACCAAAGACAGUAACAGCCGUGAGAAUUGUGUGAAAAAAUUGUCGUUGGAUAUUCCGCCGCAGGAAUAUGCACCGACGGCCGCCAACAGUUUUUCAUCACCAAUCGAUGCGUCUGCCCUUCAUUCACAAGUGAUAGCCAAUGCAAAUCAAUUCAAUGGCAACCAAAUGUUGAGCAAUGAAAAUCUCCCACAUUCGCUACCCGUUUCACCGACACAAUCGAACGAUACAUCGGACUCGAUACCCACAUACGUAAAUGUCAACAUGACACCGGGUGAAAUUAGCUCGAGCGCUGCAUCAACACCAAAAGUACUGCUCGGUGAUUACAAACAAAGCCAACUCUUUCGGAAUAAUAUCAACAAUAACAAUUAUUUAGUCGAUUCGACGCAUUGCUAUGAGAAUUUAGAGCCGAAUGAAGUUCGACCGAUUUUGUUACGGAACCAGAAUCGUCGUUUGUCUCUAUUGAAAACGGACAGCGUUAUCAAUUCACCCACAAUCAUUAACGAAAACAUUUCCGAACCAUCAACACCGAACAACAGUGGAGGUGUUAACUAUAUUGUACUCGAUUUAGAUCAAAGCCAUUCACAACCAACUGCACCCGCUGCAGGUGGAAAUGCCAAUACAGAGACAACGUUAAGCUCAAGUUCAUCACCGGUGAAAAAUCCAAAUGCCAUUGCAUCCGCGACCAUGAGUCCUUCGGUGAGUGCAAGCACAACUACGCAUUCAGUGUCGUCAUUGAUGCUGCCAGACAGUCCCCAGCGUAAAGCAUUCGACUAUGUGACCAUCGAUUUUAACAAAACAAACGCAUUGUCCAAUUCCAUAGCGCCCACCACUGAAUGCGAAGGCUCGCGCAAAACACGGCACAGCUCCAAUGUUUUACCCAACGUUCCACCUGCCGCCAUCAAUGCAAACACACCGUCAUCGCACAGCAACUCGGUUAGUGAUUAAUAAGUCAACGAGAGCACACGCAUAAUUGAGAAUCAACCAGUACAUUGCGUAGGCAUUAAAUGUCAAAAGCUUCAACCAGAAGCGGAGAUUAUGUAUUUACAAGGGAGAAAUUGAGAAGAAAUUUACCGAGGAAUUACUUGCAAUGUAAUCAAGAAGAUCAUGAUUUUUUUUCUAAAAUUGUUAGUACCGACCAUUUGACUAUUUUUUCGGCUUAAAGUUCGAUAUUUGAUGUGAAAGACUUUUUUUAGAAGAAGAAAAAAUCGGAAAAUCGUAAUUUUUUUUUGUUGAGAACAAUUGCGUUGCAUAUAUUUGUAAGAAGUUUCAAUGUUUGCCUUUUUGGAAGGUCGCGACGAUUUAGUUUUAUUCUUUGGAGGAGUUCACUGAAUUCCACGUUUUCUAUAUAUACGUAUUGUCAUGUUGAAUGAAAUGUCAAUGAGGAAUAAGAAAAGGUGUAAAACCAACAGUUUAUUUGACAAAUGCCAAAUUCAAUUAAAAACAAAUUGUGUAUUGAGUGGGUAAUAUUUAAGGAAGAAAAUAAAUUUUCUAGUUUUUAGCUGCAGCUAAAAGUAAAAUAAUUGUGUGUGGUAAAGAAAAAUGGCAGCUCUAUCAAAUGAAUAUUUAUGGUAAAUGGCAAUUGUUUGUGCCGCCCGAAUUUAUAUGUAAAUAAAAUUGAUAUUGAUUUUAGGAAGAAAACACCAGAAAAUUUAAAUAUAUACACAAUUUUACAAAGGAUUCUUCCAUUUUGCACCGGAGAAAUGAUUGUAUUCUCUUUUCCGAAGAGAGAAAAAGUAACGAAACAUGAAGAAGAUACAAAUUGAUUUGAUGACAAUAUUUUUUCAAGUAAUUCCGAAUUGCAGCUAACUUUUAAUUGCAUCCAAUUUGGGGCAACAUUUCUUCCUAUUUUUUGUUCUCUCUAGUGAACAUUGUUCAAGAAACAGUUCAACAGUGCUAACUUUAUUAGUGAAUAUUACUCAAUUUUUGUUCACUGAACAAAUACAUCACAUCAUUUUCUGUUUGCCAAAGAUUUUUCAAUAGAUUUUUUUAAAUAAUAUUUAUAGACAAAAAACAAUGUAACGAAACCAAACAUAUAACAGCAAAUUUUGACAUUUGGAGAUGAAAAAACGUAGUACUCCAUACAAAGACAUUAAAUUUUAAGGAAUUUUCAACAGAAGAGACACAAAAUACAUCGAAUUAAAUGACAUUUCAACGUAGAUUUGUUUAAAAGAAUUUUUUUCUCAAAGAUGGAAUGAUGGUGAAAAAAAGAUUAGAAUUUAUUUAAAUGUUGUGUUAAUUUCUAGACUUUGUUUUAUUUUGUUGCAACAGCACAAAAAAAGAAAUCAACGGUUUUUAAGUGAUUUGAUGUAGUUUAAUUCAAAAAUGAAACUAAAUAUAUGUAUAUGAAUUUUAUUGAAAAAGAUAUGCUGAAAACAGGACAAAAUACAUUUUGUGUGCGACGCUGUCAUCAGUCAUUUUGAGAAACACAAGAAAAAUCAAAGAAAAAUGUUACAAAUUAUAGUCAAAUUACAUCUAUAAGGCCUAAAGAAGCUCAUUGAUGAUACAUAUGGCUUUUAGAUAUUAUAUAUUCACAUUUAAGAAGCAAAACUAACUUUUCUAAAUGUAGAUUGAGAUUAGCCAAAA